AUGGCGGCAGCUCCCCCAUGGUCUCCACCUCGCAGCUCCCCCGUGGUCUCCACCUCGCAGCUCCCCCGUGGUCUCCACCUCGCAGCACCCCCGUGGUCUCCACCUCGGAGCUCCCCCUUGGUCUCCACCUCGGAGCUCCCCCGUGGUCUCCACCUCAGAACUCCCCCAUGGUCUCCACCUCGCAGCUACCCCAUGAUCUCCGUGGCGAAUAAGCCGUUCCUGUUAGUCACAAUGAAAGUCUCCAAAAGAUUUGUGGCCACGAUUGUGAUUAUUUCCACACUGCUUGUUCUCGCUGCAGUGGCAGUUAUUCUUUUAGCCGUCUUUCUGACUAAAGCUGCCGGUCCGCAUCCAUGGAAAAGGUACUACAGAGGGAAUUUCACAAUAUUGAACGUUCCCUACAACGAGAGCCUGGCAUCGAGCAGCUCCACGGAGUUCUUUGAGUUGGCCGAUGACAUUAAUACACAACUGAACUUGGUCUAUUCAGAAUCAGAAUUGUCCAAGGAAUUCAGUCGUGGACAAGUUGUAGAAUUCAGCUUUGGGAGCGUGAAGGUUGAGCUGGUCCUGGAGUUCGGGGGCAACGGCAGCAUCCCAGCCUCACUGAUGGAUGCAGUGGAGUUGGCAAUCCAGCAAAGCCUGACACAAGUGAACAUGUCCACCCAGACCGGCUCACUCAACCACUUGCUCAUCGACAUCAACUCCAUCCACUUCACCGAAAUCAUCACGUCACAAGCAGAGUCUCUUUUGAAAAAAGUUUCUCUGGAUGGUUCUGCGGCACCAGAUUCCACCGUUGCAACCAGCACGGACGUCCCAACACAACCCACCUCAGGCUGUGGCAUUAAAGGUCCAACUUCCAGUAGGAUUGUUGGUGGGACCAACGCAGAAAAUGGCGAGUGGCCGUGGCAGGUUAGCCUGCAGAUCUGGAGUCACGUUUGCGGCGCCUCCAUCAUCUCCGACCGAUGGCUCAUCUCUGCCGCUCACUGCUUUGAAAUAUAUAACGACCCAACCGACUGGCAAGUGUACAUGGGAUCGGUGGAAGUGGGGACAGGCACCGAACAAGACAUCAGACAGAUCAUCGUCCACCCCAAAUACGCAUUGAACACCCCAAAAGACUAUGAUGUUGCAGUCCUGGAACUGUCCAGCCCACUCAGCCUCUCCAGUGUCAUCUACCCGAUCUGCCUCCCGUCCAGUCAGCAAGUGUUCCCCAGCGGCCAGCGGUGCUACAUCACAGGAUGGGGCAAACUCGCUUACCAAGGAUCCUUUCCCAACAUCCUACAAGAAGCAGCAGUGUCGGUUAUUGAUGACCAAACAUGCAGGAAUGCCUACGGACUCGGCUUCACCCCGAGAAUGCUGUGUGCUGGCGUAUUAACGGGAGGAGUAGAUUCAUGUCAGGGGGAUUCUGGAGGACCCUUGGCCUGCAGUGACUCGAGAGGAACCUGGUUCCUGGCGGGAAUCGUCAGCUUUGGCAACGAAUGUGCUCUGCCCAACUUCCCUGGCGUCUACACGCGUGUGACAGCCGUGAGAGACUGGGUAGAACAACAGACAGGGGUGUGAUCCAGCCAGCACCUC